CUCCCCACGAGAACAUGCCUCUCGCCAAGGACCUCCUUCACCCCUCGCUGGAGGAGGAGAAGCGGAAGCACAAGAAGAAGCAGCUGGUGCAGAGCCCCAACUCCUACUUCAUGGCCGUCAAGUGCCCGGGAUGCUAUAAGAUCACCACCGUCUUCAGCCAUGCACAGACCGUGGUUCUGCGUGUCAGCUGCUCCACGGUCCUCUGCCAGCCCACGGGCGGGAAGGCAAGGCUUACAGAAGGAUGCUCCUUCAGACGGAAGCAGCACUAAAAGCUCCCU